CCGCCGCCGCCGCUGCUGCCCCUUCCCCUUCCCGCGGCCGCCAUGAAAAAAUUCUUCCAAGAGAUCAAGGCGGACAUCAAGUUCAAGAGUGCGGGGCCCGGGCAGAAACUCACGGACCCGGCGGGGGAAAAGGGCUCCAAGGAACGACAGAGCCAACAAGCAACCAAGCAAACCCGUCAGGGACCUACCAAUGAAGCCCAAAUGGCAGCGGCGGCGGCACUGGCCAGGCUGGAACAGAAACAACCACGGUCUCGAGGACCCACAUCCCAAGAUUCCAUCCGGAACCAAGUGAAGAAGGAAUUACAAGCAGAAGCCACUGUUAGUGGGAUCUCUGAGUCUUCUGGAGCAAAUGUGAUACCUGAGGCUAAGGAGGAAGGCUCUGCAAACCUGUCUGUGACUGGGGUUUAUUUUACCUGCCCAUUUACUGGAGCCAUCUUGAGAAAGGACCAGCGGGAUGCCCACAUCAAAGAGGUCAUUAACAAGUAUGCGGACAAAGACCCAGUGGCUGCUUCCAUCAUGAAGAUCCAUACAUUCAACAGGGACCGAGAGAAAGUGAAGUUGGGGGUGGACACCAUUGCCAAGUACCUGGACAACAUCCAUCUUCACCCAGAAGAGGAGAAAUACAGGAAAAUCAAAUUGCAAAACAAAGUGUUUCAGGAGCGGAUCAACUGCCUAGAAGGAGCUAAUGAAUUUUUCAGGGCCAUUGGGUUUGAGAAGACGACUCUCCCUAUUCCGGAACAAGAGGCCUCGGAAGAAUUCUAUGUGCUGGGGGAGGAUGCCCAAGUAGAGAAGCUAGAACAGCACAAAGUUGCCCUGCAGAACUCAGAACCAGUGCGGGCUCAGCUGGCCCGGCAGCGACGAAUCUUCAAGCCCUCCCCUCUGGCUGCCCAGUUUGACCUACCUGGGGACUUCUUCAACCUCACAACUGAGGAGCUCAAACGGGAGCAGAAGCUAAGGACCGACGCUGUGGAACGGCUGUCUGUGCUUCGGACUAAAGCCAUGCGGGAGAAGGAGGAGCAGAGGGAAAUGAGAAAAUAUACCUAUACCCUCUUACGGGUCCGCUUUCCAGAUGGGCACAUCCUCCAGGGUACCUUCUAUGCUCGGGAGCGGCUCUCUGCACUCUACAGCUAUGUGAGGGAGGCGCUGCAAAGUGACUGGCUGCCCUUUGAACUGCUUCCUGUAGGCGGGCACAAACUGUUGGACGACAGCUUAGCCUUCAACGAAUGUGGGCUGGUGCCUUCAGCUCUUCUAACUUUCACUUGGGAUGCAGCUGUCAUGGACGACAUCAAGGCAUCAGGGGCCGAGCAGCCCCCAGGAGCUCUGAAACCUGAACUUCUUGCUACUGUGGAAAACCUCUCAUGAAAUAAAAAGCCAGACUCAGCCACGGCCCCAUCGGUUCAGUCUCGUGCUCCUCCUGUUCCUCCUCCCCUCACUCCUUUCAUCUCCCAGAUCUCAAGCAGAAGCUGCCUGAUUCUCACAGCCCUUGGCUUGGGGCGGCAGGCUGCAUGGUGGAGGUGGAAUUUGUUCUAGAGUGAGAAUUGUCCUCUCAGCAUAGGCAGAUCAGGGUGUGGGGCAGCCCUUUCCUUGUACCAUGACACUGGUUUUGGGACCAGGGUUGUAAGAGCUUCCCCUGAUCUCAGAGAGCAUGGCUGGAUACAACUUUGCAGAGGCUCCUCCACUAGCUGGGAAAAGCUAAAUUUGUGCUGCUUUUUGUAUAUGAGAUUUUAAAACUUGCCCUAAGUAGCUAGUCUAUUUAACUUGAGGUAUAGAGAGAUGCUGGUCAUUUCAUUGGUGGGGGAACUAAUCUAAGGCAUGAGGGGAGGACUUCCUAGGCUGAUGGGAUGUUUCCGAACUGGGUUCAGCUACUCUCUUACAUUCUUGUUGUAUAUAAGUGGACAAAGAAACAACUAGUGUGUCAAUUCCAUGAUCCCUGUGAACACUAAAUUAUGAACUUGAUUAAAUAGAAUAUUUGAAUACAA